GUCCAAUAACUUGUUUAAUCUAACAGAAUACCCGGGAGACAGCGUUUGCACUUAGAAAGAUGCCUUUGGGCAAGGCCAAGAGAUAUCUUGAGGAUGUCAUUGCACAUAAGCAAGCUAUACCCUUCCGGAGAUAUUGUGGAGGUGUUGGACGAACUGCUCAAGCUAAGAACCGUCACUCUAAUGGACAGGGUCGUUGGCCUGCUAAGUCCGCCAAGUUUAUUCUCGAUUUACUCAAGAAUGCUGAAAGCAAUGCUGAUGUGAAAGGCUUGGAUGUUGAUGCACUUUACAUAUCUCACAUUCAAGUGAACCAGGCCCAGAAGCAAAGGCGCAGAACAUACCGAGCCCAUGGACGAAUUAAUCCUUAUAUGUCAUCUCCUUGUCAUAUUGAAUUAAUGCUGUCUGAGAAGGAAGAACCAGUUAAGAAAGAGCCUGAUACACAGAUUGCACCCAGGAAGCCUAGGAAAGACCAACCUCUGCGAAGUGGCACCUCUUAAUUUUCUUUGUAGCGUUUGCUGUAGAAGCUUAAAUUAAGGAAAUUAAGGAGUUUUGAUUUAUUUUCCAUGGUUAUUUCAAAACAUUUUGUCAGAACUUAUUGCAUCUUUAUCUUUAAUUUCUUGCUGAUGUCUGAAAAGAGAUUAUUAGAAGACUUGACUUCUGGAGAAUAUGAAGUAUUUAGUAUUUGUGUGAA